AUGUCCGAGACUCGAAGAAGCCAGAUUCGCCGUGCUCAAAAGACCCAUAGACAGAAAAAGGAAGCAAAUGUUCAAAAAGCGCUGACCCGCGUGGCCGAACUCGAACAUCGCAUCAGCAGAAUUGGAGAUUUACUUCAAGCCUACAAAGUCACUCUUCAAUCGACUCUAAAAGAUACGUAUCCCGAACUCGUUGAAGAGUUAGACAGUGUCCUGGCUUUUCUGCCUGCAGCGCCUGUUGAGGUGAUGCGAGCAUCUAGCUGCGAUGGUCUCUCAUCGAGGGAGACGGAGGCGUCCGUGCCGCGCCCGCUUGAUCACAAACAAUGUACAGACCCCCAAGCUAUGGUCACUCAGCAACUUCCAAUAUCGGAUGCAUCCCCCCAAAACAAUGUCACAUGUUCCAGAGAAGCCGGGCAAAAUAGCCCGCAUCCAGCACCGGAUCUGCACACGCACGUGGAAGUCCAAACGGUUUGUCGAACUAUUGCAGCCCAUGUUCCCUAUUCAUAUUCGUAUCUGGAAAGCUCUUUCACCCGAAGGCUGAAGCGAUGCAGCCUGGAGCAUGCCUUUCGAGUAUUCAUUGACCAGCACUCUAAUCCGCUGGAAGUCUUCCGAAUAUUCCGACUUGUUCCCUGUUUCCGAGAAAGAGCCAAGAUGUAUCCCUACUUUGAGAAGCUGGUUACAUCUUCGCUAGGGGAUAGUCUUGAGAUCUCAGCGCUACCUUUCUACUCGGUGGGGGGAGCGGGCACCCACUAUCCGGUCCUGGAUGAGGCGGGGAAUCCUAUCUAUCCUCCGGGAGCGAGGGUGCCGCGGAGGAUAUUGGGUAUUUUACCUAUGUCUGACGCUUGUGAAGACCCACAAUCUGUCGAUCAGUCCCGGUCCCAGAGGCAUCUCGAGCUUUGUGGAUUCGGCGGCGAGUGGUUCGAUUGUCGGGAUGUGGAGGGGUAUUUGAGAGCGAGAGGAGUAGAUCUGGAUGGGUCUAGUGUUUUUCCAGUUGUUUCUGGGGGUACAUAUGGCUGUUCGAAUGAAUUUCAUGAUAUCAAUAAGUCCCAGAGUGACCGUAUAAGUCAUGCUGGAUUCGAUAUAUCCCCAUCACUUCAAUCCUCAGUUUACGUAUUCGAUCUUGAGUCUUUCGUAACAAGAUUGCUUCGCGGCAUGGCUAUAUUGGGUCGGGCUCCUGGUUUCCGCCGACCUAAUGUUGAAGAUGCAUUUCAAUCAGCGUUGCUGAAACGUGCUUGA